CCAUUUUUAAACAAUGUCAAAAGCCCUAAGUUGUUUCACUCUCCUCAUGUUUAUGUUCAUGGCCUGCGGAUUCCUCUACAGAAUCUUCAAUGUACAACCCUUUGCGCAUUUCCAGUGGCCCCUCCCCCCUGCCCCGCCCAGCUUCUCUCCCAUCAGCCCAGCCCAGAAUGUUCUAAGAGAUGGGAACGGAAUUAUAUUUAUUGAGACGACAGACAGAAUGAAGCCGCCCUCGCUAGUAUUAUGCGCCAUAGAAUCUGCGGCCCGCGUGUACCGCCACCGACCCGUGGUUUUCUUCAUGGAAGGGUUACGGGACAUAACCGCAAUGAGGGACACACUCAAGCGCCUCCCGACCCUCUCGUCUUUUCAUAACGUCCACUUGUUCCCUUUGCAAAUGGAAAGAUUAUUUCAUGGGACGCCCCUUGGGCCGUGGUAUGAGAAGGUUAAUCCUGAACGUGAAAUAUACUGGACGCACGUCAGUUCCGACGGAUGCAGGUUGGCGCUUAUUUGGAGACACGGCGGCAUUUACAUGGAUACUGACAUCAUUUCCAUGAGGCCCAUCCCCGAUGUCAACUUCCUGGCAGCCCAAUCCUCGGGCGUUUCCAGUAACGGUAUUUUUGGGCUGACGCCUCAGAACACUUUUGCCUGGAAAGGCAUGGAGAGCUUUGUGCAGAAUUACAGAGGGGCAGAAUGGGGGCACCAAGGUCCCCAACUUUUCACACGAGUUCUGAAACAAUAUUGUAUCACCCUUCAGAUCCAGUCUAUGGAGGAUGUUAAAUGUAGCGACAUCUCCUUUUUGAAUCCAAUGAGAUUCUAUCCUAUUCCUUACCCAUCUUGGAGAAGAUACUUUGAGGUCUGGCAAAAUGUCCCAAAGUUCAAUCAUUCCUACGCCCUGCAUCUCUGGAACUUUAUGAAUAAGGAACAGAAAACGAUGGUUCCUGGGAGUAACACACUGGUGGAACAUCUGUACCAACUGUAUUGCCCCACGCUCUAUGGGGCUCUCAAGAGGAAUGAGAGUAUUUACGGUUAGUUAUUGGUUAGAACUCAUUAACUAUAUGGGUAUAGGUGGAGAACUGUGUGACUGGAUGAACAUUCAAACUUGCCCUACUGUAACCACAACCAUUUACUGCCUGCGUCAAAUAGUUCCAAGCUCAUUAAGGCCCUGAUUAAAGGAGAAGGAAAGGCAUUUCAUUGACAAUAGAUU